UAUUUUACAAUCACUUCACGUAGACCUCUCUAUCUUUUAACUUGGAAAAUUGCUCCAUGUAUUGCAGCUGGUUGUACAUGUGUUUGUAAGCCCAGUGAAUUUACAAGUGUCACAGCUUUUAUGCUUUGCUCGGUUUUAAAAGAUGCUGGUCUGCCGGAUGGUGUAGUUAAUAUGGUGUUUGGUGCAGGACCGAAUGUUGGCCAUGCUCUAGUAGCUCACCCUAAGGUUCCCUUGAUUUCCUUUACCGGAG